AUGGGCCUCUGCUUCUCACGGGGCUCGCGCUCGCCCGAGCCACAUUUCAACGAUACCACAGGCUCGAACUUUAACCCAAACCCGCAGUCUUUCGUGGUACAUCCCGGGCCAGGAAAUGCACAGUUUGUGCAGCAACAGGAAGACCAUCGAAGUCGCCAUGGGACGAUACAGGACAGCGGAAUGCAAGGCAAAGAAUCCCUGAUAGCCCUCUACGCCUAUGAUUCGCGUGCCGAAGGCGAUCUCUCUUUCAAAAAGGGCGACAUCAUGUACCUACUGGAUCAAAGCAAUGUCGACUGGUGGUACGUGCAGCACGCGCGCAGCAUGCAGACCGGAUACGUCCCGCGAAAUUUUGUGGCCAAGCAGCAGACGAUUGAGAGUGAAGAAUGGUUUGCCGGCAAGAUACCGAGGAACCGUGCUGAGCGGCUGGUGCUUUCACAAAAUCUGCCUAAGGGAACAUUCUUGAUCCGAGAGCGUGAAGCCGAGACCAGGGAAUAUGCGUUAACGAUUCGUGACUCGGACGAUGGACGAGGAGCCGGCACCGUCAAGCACUACAAAAUCAAGCGGCUCGACCACGAUCAAGGCUUCUUCAUCACCACACGCCGCACCUUCAGAACGUUGCGGGAACUCGUCGAAUACUACUCUGAGCUCUGCGACGGUCUCUGCUGUACGCUCACCUUCCCCGCCCCUAGAAUCGCCCCACCCGCCCGGAUCUCUCGCACGACACCCAGCAAAACUGGGAAAUCCCCCGGAACCAGUUGCAGCUCAAGACCAAGCUGGGCGACGGCAAUUUCGGCGAGGUUUGGUACGGCAAAUGGCGUGGCAUCGUCGAGCGAAGCUUCAAUUAUGAAGCAGUGCGACCAUCCGAAUCUCGUGAAGCUCUACGCGGUGUGUACACGAGAAGAGCCCUUCUAUAUCAUAACUGAAUUCAUGAGCGGUGGCUCGCUAUUGCACUAUUUGCGCGACGAGAAGGGCCGUCAAUUGAGCAUUCCAGCUCUCGUGGACAUGGCUGCUCAGAUCGCCAAUGGCAUGAUGUACCUCGAAGAGCGGAAGCUCGUCCAUCGUGACUUGGCGGCCAGAAACGUCUUGGUUGGCGAAAAGAUCUCUGGCGUCCCGGUAGUCAAGGUUGCUGACUUUGGCCUGGCGCGCAAGCUGAUGGAAGAGGAUAUUUAUGAAGCACGCACCGGCGCGAAAUUCCCGAUCAAAUGGACGGCUCCCGAGGCGGCCACCUGUGGCAAUUUCACGGUGAAGAGCGAUGCCUGGUCGUAUGGUAUCCUCAUCUACGAGAUCAUCACCAGAGGACAAGUGCCGUAUCCUGGAAUGCACAACCGCGAGGUGGUGGAACAGGUCGAACUCGGCUACCGUAUGCCGAUGCCACAACGAUGCCCGGAGAAUAUUUACACUGAGGUGAUGCUCAAGUGCUGGGACAAGAACCCCGAACGACGACCGACCUUCGAAUACCUGCAUCACUACUUCGAAGACUACUUCGUCUCCUCGCAACCCAACUACGUGCCGCCCAGUGUC